CGCCCCGCCCUCCUACCCUUAUGCAACACACGGUACCAUCUCGUGCCUGCCAUCACCCCAAACCACCGCCUACAGGCCUUGAGAAGUCUCCGCACGGACCAGACAAGUUCCUCACGGCCUCGAGAAAACUCUCAACUUCUUCUAUCUGGCACCCGGACAAGUAACCCAGGAACUCCAGCGGGCGCCAUGAAGAAGGCGGUGACGAUCGCGUGGGUUCUGCUGGCUCUCUGCGCCCUGCUGGCCACAACAGACGCACGCAGUGGCCGGGGCCGCGGUGGUGGCCGCCGCCGGGCGUUAGCUGAUCGCUCGUGGCGUAGUAGUCGCCCGAGGAAUUACAUCCACGACAUCGUCCUGCCGUGGUCACAGUGGAAGCCGUGGUGGUCGCACCGGUGGGCAAGGGACAGGGCAGGAUGGUGGACAGGGCCCAACGUCUGUGAGACAAAGGAGGGUGACCCACAGGCUCUGCCGGAUGGGGAAGGUUUCAUGCUGAAGAUUAAGGAGUGCGGGAGUGGAGAGGAUGGCUCCUACAGGUGUACCUACAGGGCAGACGACUUCCAGCAGAAAUACACCGCUACCGUCACCUACCGCUGCUGUGCCGGGUACGCCCGUCAGCAGGGCAAGCCGGGAUGCCCUCUCAAAGUGGCCGAGUUGAAGAAUCUACUGGAUACUGCGCGGGGCCUGGGUCUGUCGGAGUUCGUGUCUUACGCGGGGAAGGCAAAGUUAGAAGGCGCUCUGACGGGGAUGAACAACUUCACAGUCUUCGCCCCCACCGACGGCGCCUUCCAGUCUAUUCCCACAAGGGUAAUCACUGAUUUCGACUCUCCCUCAAAAAGGGCGACCCAAAGGGGUGACACGCCCGCACUGACCUUGGAUCAGCUGAAGGACACGUUGUUGAGUCACGUGGUGUCAGGCUGGCUUACGGCUAACAACAUUCGUGAUGAGGAGAUCCUGAGGACUCUUGGGCCAGGAGAAAUCCGUACCACGGCUUACAGUAACAAAAAGAUAGUGAACGCCAACUGCGUGAAGGUCGUACUGAGUGACCAGCUGGCCAGCAACGGUGUCAUUCACGUCGUCGACGGAAUCCUACCGAACACCAAGAAAUCAGUGCUGGAGAUCAUCAGCCAGGACAGCCGCUUCACCACUCUUAAGACAGCCCUUGGCCAGACUGACCUGCCCAGUGUCCUGGACUCGGACGGACAGAUGACUGUCUUCGCUCCCACGGACUCAGCCUUCGACAACGUGCCACAGGAAACCUUGAAUCGGCUGCUGGCAGACAGGAGAUGUCUUAAAAACCUGCUGUUGCACCACGUGAUCCCGCACACCAUCUGCGCAGACGCAGUGACAGGCAAACACCGGGCGGUGUCCAUGGUUGGUGAGGACCUGAAGGUGGAACGAGACUCGGACGACAAGAUAUUUGUCAACACGGCACAGGUCAUACAGGGAAAUGUUCUGGGCUACAAUGGUGUCGUCCACGUCAUCGACAAUGUUCUUGUCCCGAGUAAAGCGCAGAACAUCGUGGACGUCCUGGCCGCUUCCGGAGCAAGUCGCCUGGUGGAGCUUAUUGAAAUAGCAGGACUGACGGACACUCUCCGUUCUCAGGACAACAUCACAAUCUUCGCUCCCUCUGACCAGGCAAUAGAGGAGUUGCCAGAGGAGACAGUGAAAGCCCUCACCAGCAACCCCGGCGCCUUGGCAGAGGUGCUGCAGUACCACGUCGUUCCGCAAGCGGCGUUUGCCAAGGACCUGAAGAAUGGGGCCAUGCUGCCGACUCUCGGCUCGUCUAACAAGCUGCACAUAUCAGUUAAGGAUUGGUUCUUCCACACCAUGGUCAACGUCCAGUGCGCACGCGUCGUGAAAGCCGACCAAGGAGGCUGCAACGGGGUUGUUCACGUGAUCAACAAGGUCCUGGCGCCGCCCACCCAAACCCUGGCUGACGUGCUGGAGGGUAACGAGACGUUCAGUAUCCUGGUGAAGGCGCUGCGCCGGGCGGACCUGAUCACCGCCCUGCAGGCGGACGGCCCCCUCACCAUCUUCGCGCCCACCAACGAGGCCUUCAAGCGCAUCGCAGACGACACUCUGGACAACCUGCUGGAAAACACCGAGGCGCUCAUCAAAGUUCUCAAGCAUCACGUCGUGGAGGACUUCCUGUGCUGUGAUUCCUGCUUCAGCCGCCGCGGGAAGUUCCGCCAGGUGUUCCGCAGGUCGCCGUUCUCCUACUCCAGCCAUGACGGCGCCUCCGUCACCAGCUGCGACACGUUCGGCACCAACGGCGUCAUACAGGUCAUUGACCGCGUUCUGCGCCCUCCCGGCAUACACUUCGACAAUUAAGAGUGAGCCUGGGCAUUGGUUAUGACAGUCGAUGUUUACCACAAUGAGUUAGGGGUCCCUUUUGGAAAAGUAGCAAUUUGUUAGUUCCUUAACGUUUACAUGAUAUUUAAGUUCAGGAAGGCAGUGAAUACGUACACAGUUUACCACAACGAGUUAGAGGGUCUUUUUGGAAAAAUAGCAAUUUGUUUGUUCUUUAAAGUUUUAUGGACGAAUCUACACCGAAGAGAGAAUGCAUUAGAAGUUAGUGUUGCUGGUACAACUACUUAAACUUUUUAAAAUAACUUACGGAUGUUUUAAGCGAGAAUUUGUUCUCUUACCUUCCUCUCUAAAACAAAUUUGAUGAGUAAUUUACAAGAAUGAAACUUAUGUAACUUGAAACUAACGAUGGAUUUGAUCAGUGUUUAAUGUUUCGAUACCGUAUAAAAUCGUGGAUAUCCCAUGCUUUUUAUGUGUUGGUGAAUAAUUAAUGGUGAGAUUGACAAAAAUAUUUUUUUCGACUCAAAUGCCGUCCAACCAUUGCCUCUUCCCACCUAGCGUUUUCCUAACAUCAUGCGAAUACUGUACUAUUCUGAUAGCUUUAGAACUUUCUUUCUCUAUGAUGUUUGGUUUUGGAUUGUCAGUGAAUGUACUGAGCUAGAAAGUACGAAUAAACACCAGUUUACAAUCGUU